AGCAUUACGUCGAACAAGUCGUGUGCGCUCACAGUGGCGGCAGCCUUCGCCGGAGUCCGGCGAGGCUGCUCAGCCACGAGCUCCAAAAUGCUGCAGAUCUGCACCCCGUUCUCCUCCGUCGCCUCACAGCAGUAGGUUUGGUGCGCGCCGCCUCCGCUGCAUCCGUCCGCGACGACGCAGAGCCACCGCAGCACCAGGUUCACAUGCGCCGCCGCUGCGUCCGGCUGCUUCUCCCCGUCCCACACAGAACCAAUGAGGAAGAUGUCGCGCCACCUGCUGCAGCAGUCCGUCGACCGCCUGGCCGCGCUGGCGGCGGCCAGCGGUGGUACGAGCGUGCUCACGGACACGAGCGUGCUCACGGACACGAGCGGUGGUACGAGCGUGCUCGUCCUGGCGGCGGUGCUCUGCCUGAUGCUCCACAUGGUCGGGGCUGGCCAUGGUGGCCCAGUGCUCCCGCCUGUGCAAUCCCUCCGCCUUAUUCGUCGACGCGCCGGGGCAGUCGCUGCAUCGUGCAAGGGGAUCAAGAAGAAGGCGCUGCAGUCGCUGCCCACGGACGAGCGCAUCCGGCGGAGUUAGCGCCCCUGCCGUUUCCGCCCUGUCCGUGAUCUCAGGCUGAUUGGAGAAUUCCCGGAGUGCGAAGCGUGUUACUACGAGUCUCU